CCUUUGUUUUCAUUUUUCGAAAAUGAACUUUAAAGAUUUUUGUUUCCAAUUUAUGAUGAGGAUUCUACGAUCUCGGAUACUCCAGGUUCUUAUUUUCAUCACAGUUAUAGUUUCCAUAUAUUUGUUCUAUCAGAUCGCUAACAAGUCAACGUUUACAAGCGAAACAAACAACAUUAGAAUCAAAAACAAUUUGGACCCCAUUUCUGAAAAAGGAAAUGAUGGCAAAAAUGACAGAUCUGACAGGAGAAUCAGUGAAAAUGUAAAUGAAAUUGACGUAAUUGUGACAUUCACAAAAGCAGAGCAUAACUAUGCAUUACGAGAUAAAUUCAAGGUGACAGUUUCGUCUCUUUUGAAACAUUCCACCAUAGAUAUUAAAUUCCACAUCAUCGGAGAUGAGCCGAGUCAAAAAAUAGCAAAACAAAUUCUGGAUGAAACAAUCAAGUAUGUUUCAGUAAAACAUAAAUUGAUCCAUCAUGAUGUUGAUGCCAUGGCGAAACAAUUGCACGAGAUCGUUAAACCGAUGCAAAAAUAUUUUAGCUACAAACCAGGGGCCUAUUACAGCGAUGCACUAUUCUUUUUAUCCAUUGCAAUCCAUAGAGUUCUUCCAGAUGUACAAAGAGUUAUAAUGCUAGAUGCAGAUUUAAAAUUUCGUGGAAACAUCAAAGAUUUAUAUAUGUUGUUCGGUGAAUUUGCUCAAGACAAUGUUAUUGGAAUAGCACGUGAAAUGCAGCCGGUAUAUAGACAUCUCUUGAAUGUGUAUCGCAACAAACAUCCAAACACUCGAGCAGGUGCCCCUCCACCAGAUGGCCUUACUGGAUUUAACAGCGGUGUCAUGUUACUUGAUUUGGAUCGCAUGCGUCAGUCGGAGCUUUACAACUCACUUAUUAAUCAAGAUACAUUAAAGGAAUAUACUGAAAAAUACACUUACAAAGGCCAUCUUGGAGAUCAGGAUUUUUUUAGUCUGAUAAAUCUUGAACAUGAAGAAUUGUUUUAUGUGUUACCAUGUACUUGGAAUAGACAGUUAUGUACAUGGUGGAGGGAGAAUGGAUACAAGAAUGUCUUCAAUCAAUACUUCACAUGUGAGGGUUAUAUAAAUAUAUACCAUGGUAACUGUAAUACUCCUAUUCCAGAUGAUUAAAUUGAUCGCAAUACUACAAAAUAUUGUAGACCAAUUGAGAAUUAAGUCAGGAAAAAGAAGUUUAGAGUGUGUUAUAUUGCAAUAUGAACUGUAAGAAAAAUGUUUAUCUCGUUUCUAAUGAAGAAUGUUUUCACAACAUCUUAAAUAUAUAUGUACAAUUAGAUUUUAAUACUUUAUAAUUAUUUUUAUUUCAUUUAUAACAAGGCUAAUAUCUAAAUGCCAAACAUGAGAAACAACAUCAUGACAAGUAGAAUUUUGAAACUGAAUCGGAAUAUUCUUUUAUUAGACAUCAUUUUAUUUCUGAAGUGGGUAGAAGUUGACAUGUUUUAUUUUACAUCUUGUAGUAGUAUAGACUAUAUCAGUACUGCAGAAUGCUAAAUAUCGUUAUCACCAACUUGCGAGGCCUGUUUUCGGGGUAUUAGUACUGGUUAAGAAGUCUUUAGCAAUAGUGCUGGGCCAUAGUGGUCACUUUAUGUUAUUGUACUGAAUGAAAUCCUUUUAUUUCCUAAUAUCAUAUCAAUAUUUUAUAAUAUUUUAUUUUAUAGCAUUAGAACAUAUGCACUGUACUUUCUGCAUUUGUCUUUAAUUUGGUGCUACUUAAUUUGGUGAUUUUGUAUUUUUGGCCCUAAUGGCGUCUAUUUAAUUUGGCAGUUUUUCAAGUGUCCCAUCCUCCCGU